AUGUCGGUGCUGCUGCAGACGAGUGUGGGGGAGUUAGUGAUUGAUCUGUUCACCGAGGAUGCACCAUAUUCUUCGUUCAACUUUCUUAAGCUCGCCAAGGCGAAGUUCUACAACAAUGUCGCCUUCCAUCGCGUGGAGAAAAACUUCCUCGCACACGCCGGCGCGCCCGUCACCGCCGACCCUCGCUGGAACGUCGCGGGCCUGAAGCGCCUCGAGGGGAAAACCGGCGAAGAAGAAGAUCGCCACGGCUGCAGCAUCUGGGGCGUACAGACACUCGUCGAGAGUGGAGCUGUGCGCCUUGCGCUGCCGCCGCGUGCGCAGGCGCCGCCCGCGCCUCCUGUGAAACUCGAGGGCGGAGGCCAGCCCGACGGCGCAGCUACCGGCGGCGCGCCGGUGAAGUCAGAACCCGGCGUCGAGCGAGAGGUAUCCUCUGCGACUGCGGCCUCGCCUGGCGAUGCCGCGGCGCCGGGGGCGUCGAGCUCGUCGGAGGGGACGAAGGCGAAGCCUGGCGCUGUGAAGCUCGAGGCUCAGCACACUGCCGCAUCGUCGCUUGUUGGGCAGACGUCUUUCUUCAGCUCUCUGGACUUCCCGAGCCUCGCGUUUCCCCCGUUUCACUCCUGGCACGUCCUCGCCUCGGCAGCUCCCGGACCCGCGUUCAGGCCUCCGCGGAGUGCGCGCUUCUGCCCCGAUGAAGGCGAGGGCGAUCGGAAGAUCAAGUCGCGGCGGCACGACGCGCUUGGAAUCGUCGGCUGGGUGCCUGCCGAGGCCGCCGGCAGCCUGGACGGCGGCGCGAGACGGGACGCGGAAGCCGCCGGCAACACCAGCGUCUUCUACGUCACGCUCCGGGAGAAAAUCGACUUUCUAGACGACCGCAACCUCACAGUCUUUGGCAAAGUCGCCGAAGGGCUCGACAUCCUCGAGAAAAUCAACCUCACCUUUGUGGACGAGGCCUGCGUCCCCCUAAGUCCGAUCCGCAUUCUGCACGCCUACGUGCUGGACGACCCCUUCGCAGAUCCUCCUUUUCUGGUGGAGGCAAGUGCCACGCUCGCGUCGCCGCUGCCGCUUCUCGAGGAAGUCGCCAGCGACGAUGAAGACCUCGACGAAGUCCUCGUGCUGGAGAAAAUCGAAAAAAAGGAAGCAGACGCGCGGAAGGUGACCCUCGAGAUCCUGGGCGAUCUUCCAGACGCGGACGCAAAACCUCCUGAGAACGUCCUGUUCGUUGCGAAGCUGAACCCGGUGACGCAGGACGAGGACUUGCGGACGGUCUUCUCCAGGUUCGGAGAGAUCCUCGCGUGCGACAUCAUUCGCGACUGGAAGACCGGCCGAAGUCUUCAGUACGCGUUCAUCACCUUCCAGGAGAGCAGCGCCUGCGAACUCGCCUACUUUAAGAUGCAGAACGUCCUCAUCGACGAUCGCAGAAUUCACGUCGACUUCAGUCAGUCGGUUGCGAAGGAGUGGCGCAAGUAUAAGCAGUUCGGCGCGCGCCAGUCAACUGAGGAAGGCCAGACGCGCGUCCCCGGGCAAGCCCUACCUUCCAAAACGGUGCCACCGUCGGGAUUCGCCCCGCCGAUGUCGGGCUUUUCCCCGCCAGCCGCCUCAUCAGGCUUCUCUCGCGCGCCAGAAGAGCGCGGAGGGCGGCGGGCAGGCUGGGCGGAUGAUGAGGCCGCGCGCGAGCGCCAGGGCGAUAAGCAGCGGGAGAGAGACCGCAGCUCACGCUACGAGGACCUGCGCCGCCGAGAGCGAGAAGACGAGCGAGAAAGAAAGUGGAGACGAAUGCGCGACUACCACGAACGAGACAGACGAAGCCGCGAGAGAGACAGACGAGACCGCGAGCGGUUCGACUGGGACUGGCACGACCGCGGGCGCCGAGGGGGCUGCCGCACCCGGAGCCCGUACACCAGCGACAGCUCGGCCGGCGAGAAGAAAAAGAAGAAAUCCGAAAAAAAGAAAAAGACAGCGAGGUACUGA